GUUACAUUGUGACUCCCUUGUGGAAGCAGUCUGAACUUCCUACAGAACAUAAACACACACACACACACUCACUCAGUCUUACACCCACACUUGAAGCCACUCCUUCGCAGCUCUGAACGUUAGCUCUUGGAAAGGUCCAUCUUGCAGGACAAAGAAGAGGCCAUGAGAAGGGAAGUGCUGUUUUCAGCCGUGGCGUGCACAGUUUGGCUGUGCUGCCUCAGCAUACGGCCUGUUCAGGGAGGAAAACUUCUGGUCGUGCCGAUGGACGGGAGCCACUGGCUGAGUAUGAAGAUACUGGUGAAGGAGAUUGUUAACAGAGGUCAUGAAGUCUUGGUUCUGGUGCCUGAGAGCAGCCUGUUGAUGUCCGAGUCCGAGUCCUUUAAGAAGCAGUUCUACCCGGUGCAGUUCACUCAAGCUGAAAUGGAAGGAUCGUUCAAGAGCCUGUCUGAUGGGGUGUUCCAAAAACCACCACAAAUCGCUGACAUGUUGUUGAGUGUGGAGCUCUUUGUUAACUUCACCAAGCUGCAGCUGAGAGGUUGUGAGAGUUUGCUCCACAACCAGCAGCUCAUGAGUCAACUGAGGGACAGUGGCUUUGAUGCCGUGCUCACGGACCCCUUCCUUCCCUGCGGCUCCAUCCUGGCUCGGGUCUUUUCCAUUCCAGCUGUUUAUUUUCUGCGAGGACUUCCAUGUCAGCUGGAUACCAGGGCAAACAUGUGCCCCUCUCCCCCUUCCUAUGUUCCUUCUACCUACUCUGGUUAUCCCAGUGCCAUGACCUUUUCGCAGAGAGUUAACAACAUGUUCAUGUACUUUGUGGAGACCUACAUGUGUCACUUACUCUUCGGUCACUACGAUGAAUUUGUCAGGCAGUAUUUUAGGGAAGACAUGACCUACACAGACCUCAUUAGUCACGGCGCCAUCUGGCUGCUUCGAUACGACUUUGUUUUUGAAUGGCCCAGACCUGUGAUGCCUAACAUGGUCUUCAUCGGAGGUAUCAACUGUAUGUCGAGGUCUCCUCUGCCAGCAGACCUAGCCGAGUUUGUGGAAGGCUCCGGAGACGAUGGGUUUAUUAUCUUUACCUUGGGCUCAAUGGUGUCCAAAAUGCCAGCAGAGAUAGCAAAGCAGUUCUUAGAGGCCUUUCGACAAAUUCCACAAAGGGUUUUGUGGAGAUACACAGGAGUUCCACUGGAGAAUGUACCUGAGAAUGUAAAGCUAAUGAAGUGGCUUCCACAGAAUGAUCUCCUAGGUCAUCCCAAAGCUAAAGUCUUCAUGACUCACGGCGGCACCCAUGGGAUCUACGAGGGCAUCUGUAACGGCGUUCCCAUGUUGAUGUUCCCACUGUUUGGCGAUCAGGGAGAGAACGUGCGACGCUUCGUAGCACGCGGUGUAGCUCUGUCGCUCAACAUCCAUGAUGUGACUUCAGACGAACUGGUGACUGCUCUGAACACCAUCGUCCAGGAUAAAGGUUUCAAAGAGCGGAUGAUGAAACUGUCUCAGGUUCACCUGGAUCGUCCGCUCUCACCUGUGGACCUGUCUGCUUUCUGGACUGAGUUUGUCAUGAGACACAAAGGGGCCUCACACCUCAGAGUAGCUGCACACGAUUUGAACUGGAUUCAGUACCACUCUCUGGAUGUCAUUGGCCUCUUGGUCAUGGUGAUUGUGACUGUCCUGUGGGUGACGUUGAAAUGCUGCUUGUUCUGCACUCGUAGGUGCUGCAGAAAGAGAACGGCAAAGAAGAAAUCAGAAUAGGUUUUUUUUUUCAUUUUUAGUGAAUGUAGGAGUAAUUAAUAGAAUGACAACAAUGUGACCAAAGGGAAUUAUUUGCAACGCUGUUUAAAAUAAUGAUUGUUUGAAAUGAUUCACUACAAAGGUGCUUUUAACUUGGUAAAUAAUGUUUUUAACUUCUAAUCUGGAACCUCUCAUCACUGUACUGAACUACCUUUUAUUAAAGAAAGAAGGGUGUUUGAUUUUAUAUGAAAUAUAUCAACUUAUUUGCUCCUACCAAAUGUAUCCAGUUACAACAGACACCACAUCCUGUUUACCUGUGCUGAACUAUCAGUACCACAACUGGUGGUUAAGGGCUUAAAUGAAGGCUAGGAUUUAGGAUCAAGAUAUUUGAUAUCUCUACUGGAAGAACUGUACUAUGAAAUACUACGAAAUACUAUCAAAUACUCAGGUAUAUGUCUGUGUUCUGGUCAAAGUGUAAAUGAAUGUAUCAAAUGUUUGUUCACCUAUUCAGACCAUUCUGUUUUUAUUGUUUGGACCAAGUCGUCUCUGUGAUGUCACCUGGUCACAUGAUGUUUAUUCAGGUUAAGAAAUGCUUUUUUUGAGCCCCUGGAGGAAUUUGUUGGCGUUACAGCUUCUCCUGCAAAAACAUUUCAGGGAAAACAAGAGCUACAUAGAAAAAAAUGGUAAAGAAAUAGAUAACAAAAAUGAGAUACAAUUUAGAACUACAAUUACCAUUUUUAAAAAAAAAAAAAAAAAAAAAAAAAUUAUAACUGCCCCAGAUGUAAAUGUGUAGCGGAUGUCAAAUGAGCGCAAAACACUUAAACUCAAAUAUUUAUCUUUAAAUUAAAAAUGUACUCGACUACAUAUAAUGGAGUUUGGGGAAUUACAAAUAAUUCAAGCGAUUUAUGUUUUGUUAAUAAACCCAGAGUAGACAUCUUUCGUUUCUACACAGAAAAUGCUCCCAUCUAGUGGACAAAUUAAGAAAUACAGCUGUAUUACGUCAUCAUGAGUUUCAACAUUUUCAUGAACCUAACAGACACUAACUUGUGAAAAAUAAAAUAAAUGAAUGAAAUGAAAAA